AUGUCCGAAAAUGUCUCCAAGAUCGUGACUCGCAUUACCACGCAUGACGGUCCGGCUGAUUCCUUCGACCAUGAAAUCUCCCUUCUCGACACCACUGACCAAGGGAACGACGCCGGGUCUGGGGAUGAGCCCCGAUCUGGCUCCCCCAGCACAAGCUCAAAAGAGCUAGCUAGGAGGGGGACUAGAGAUUCCCUGAAGGGUCAAUUUACACGACGGAGGUAUGCCAAAUAUCAGCAGGGCCGGUACCACUCCAAAACGGAUGGUGUGACCAGGGCGGAAGAUCCUUCGUCGAAGUCAGUGUCACGACAGCCCGCACAACAUGUCGAGGCUCAACCUAGGACGCAGACGGUGGACUUCGCGUCCGCCGAGCCAGUUGACGUGCCAGUGGAACGAGGGCGUCAGAGUGCGGACAAAAGAAGACGGGAGUCAAGAAGGCUUAAAGAGGAAGUCUCAGAAAUCGAUAUUUUAUACGAGAAUCAGCGCGGGUCUUUCUUCUGCGGUAUCCCUCUCUAUUCGCACUCUUCCCUCAUGCCCAUCGACCCUGGCCCAUGGACGAACAAAGACUUCAAGGAUUCACCGGUUGAUAUCACGAAUGCGCAAGUACCUGACCCAAGCUGGGCAUGGGCGUGGAAGACCUGGUAUGUCGACAUGAGCCACGAUGUAGACGAGGAAGGUUGGCAAUAUUCCUUCGCUUUUGGACGGAAUUGGGUCUGGCAUGGCACGCAUCCUUGGUUCCACUCAUUCGUGAGGCGGAGAAGAUGGCUGAGAAAGCGCGUCAAACGGGACUUCGAAGGUAGAAGGGGUAGGCCUGGGACCAUGAGCGAGGCGCACAACCUGACUGGCGAUUACUUCACGAUCCAUUCUAAGCGCGAUCGUAGUCCGAUUGAUGCUGUAGACGGCACCGCUAAAACCGCUCGGCCUUCGAGCUUCAUCAGCUUCCCCAGUACCAUCGAUAUCGAAGAACUGCCGGAGGACGUUAAGGACAUCGCGAGCCUUCUUACAGCGCUCAAGCUCGCGAAGAUCGACCGGGAGAAGAUCGAGGUGGUGAAGAAGUUUGUCAAGCAAGGUGGAGAGGAAUUGGCAUAUCUGAAGGACCACAUUCCCCAAAUCAUGUCUUUCCUUGUCUUCCAGACUUCCAGGACACAGCUCCUAUCCUAUCUUAAGAAGACAGCAAAUGAGGCGCGCCAACACCGUCAGGAUCACGAAGACGACGAAAAACCAGGGGGUGAUGCUGAAAGCCGCAGGAUCGACAAUCUUCUCGCCGCAGUUGACGCCGCGAAUGCAGAGAUCGGAGGGUUAGAGUAUUGGAGUGAUCGAAAGCAUGUCUUGAAGACCACCGAUAGUGACAGCCUGACAAUGCAAACGAUCGCAACAAUAUUCGAUCAACCCGCGCCGGAACCAAAGUUCGAGAACGACCCUGUGCACGCGAUCAAAGGUAUAUCAGAAAAGGCCGAUAUUCCUGACGAAAGCACGGAGUCCAUCUUCAAUGCUACGCGCCCACCGGCACCGCAGAGGCCGGACGAGACAAAUGAGAAGCUGGAUGAUGCGGCGAAAAAGGAGGACAAGGGCAAAGGCCGGGCAUAUGAUAGCGAAGACGACCAGAUCGAGCAAGAUUCCAUUCCCCGGCUAGGAGCGGACGACGUCUAUGUUCCUGAUGCUGAGGACUAG